UGAGGAGCCCGUCUUCGCCGUCCGACGGUUAUAAAAGGUUCAGUGAUGAUUUCGCAAACACCAGCAUCAACAAUUACGGCUCGAACGUCACAAGUAAACGAGAAGCUAUAAUUUUUAUAUGCACAGUAGCCGCAAGAUUAUGUGUACGCUUUUGUUUUAUUAACAAUACAUUUUGUGAUUCAUUUAACAUUUUGUUUUAAUUUAUUUCACCUUGUUUUGAGCAUUAACUGUUAUGUAUACAUCUAUGUAUGAUCGUAAGAGAUCGAUUAACUGUUAUUAUGAUGCUAAAUCUGUUAUAUGACGCAUUUGAAUGACUCAUAAAGCUCCCUAAACACUAACCCAUGCAUAAAAUAUACAGCAAAAAGCUCUAAGCUUGCCCUAAAUACGUAAUAUUAAAGCUUCUGUCUGUAGUUUUUUAACACCUGCACUUUUGUAGUUAGUUGCUUGUUUUGCAUGCGAUUCUAACGAUAAAAAAAAUUAAAACUAAUUUUAGGUAUGUACUAAACUUUAUAAAAAAUUAAAUUUACGUAGGCAUUAUUCUCAAGAAAAUUAGAAAAAAAUUUGUGCAUUCGUGUACAUAAUACAAUUGAGUAGGAUGUCGAUAUAUCCAAGUGCCUAAUGUUAUCUAGGUUUCUAUCCAGUUCCAUCCAGUUGAGAUGUAAUUGAUUAGCCAAACUGGAUUAUUCCUAUUUGCAGCACUAUCAAUAUAAUUAACAUUUGCGUCUUCAAUAAUAACAUGUUUGUGGAAUAAUCUAAUGUACAUACAUACAAAUGUACAAUAUUAAAAUGUAGUAUGAAACUAGAUUUUAUAAACAUCCUAAAUUAUUUACUUACAGGUCUGCAAUAUUCUAUUUAAGGCAAACCCUAGGAUUGCUUUUUUACGAAUUUCGAACCUUUUCUUUUGAUGUAAUUUGUGUAAAGAUCAAUGACAAAUAUUUUUUAUCUGUAUUCGGAAUUGACUUAACUUUUUGAACCCAAGUUAGAACAAUGAUUGAUGUUUGAAUGUCAAUAGACCUUAAUCAUCGCUAUCAGGUACAUGGUCUGUACCACAUAGAUUAUUAGAUUUAUCAUUGUUAUCAGUAUUGACAGCUUUGAACAUGUUAUCAAUCAGUUGUGAUCAACAUUUGGCUGAAGAGCAGUGUUUUACUGAAUACUGACAAUAGUGUUUCUAAAAAUAGAAAAAGAAAUUAGAGAACGUAUCAGAGUAACCAAUAAGUUUUUUAAAACAUCAAUCAACACGAAUAUCGGCGAUUUUGGCUUACUUAUACAGAACUUUGUAGUGUUUUAAAACAUGGGAAUAAAAAUUCUGACCAUGAUUCAGGUAUGAGUCAUGAAAGACAAAUAACUUUUAUGUGUUAUUGAAAAUCUGUAAAGUGCAGUGUGUUAAUAAUGUCGAAAGCAGUGCUGAAUGUGACUGAUAAAGUUUACUAUGGGAUCAGGGACCAGUGGUACAAACUAAAGUCAUAUACGAGGACGGGGACAGAUGGAGCUGGUGAUUCUGGGACCCUGGACAUGGGGAGCCGGUCGUCAUUGCACACCGGCCUUAACAUGUCAGAGGACGAGCACUGGGAGAUGAACUACCAUGAGGCUGCUAUUUACUUAGAGGAAGGCUUAAAUAAUGAGAAGUUCGACUCUCAUCCGUCGAGUCCUGAAGAGUUGCCAGCGUACCUCAGGGUUCACAAUCCAUGGUACCAUGGUCUGGACCUCCUUGCUUCCUUAGUGCUUAUACUCUUAGCUUUUACUGAAGAUCCCGCCGUGCCUACAUUUGAGUUACCAGUAUGGGCGCAUGGGACGAUAGAACUGUUGGCGCUGACAGUGAUUGGCGUGGAGCUGCACCUGAAGCUCAAGUGGAUCGGAUGGGGCACCAUACUCAAACACAAGAGGACAAUGAUAAAGGGUAUUACAUUACUCAUAAUGGUGCUGGAGGCUGUAGUAGUGCUAUGCCGACAGUCUUCCCACUUCCGAGUCACCAGAGCACUGCGUCCCAUCUUCUUAGUGGACACCAGGCACUGUGGUGGAGUCCGGAGGUUCAUCAGGCAGAUACUCCAGUCAUUACCACCGAUUAUUGAUAUGUUAGGGUUGCUGAUGUUCUUCGUGGCUACAUACUCACUGCUGGGUUACUACCUGUUCUCGGAGCACGUGGACAACGGACACUUCCAGACUAUCAGCGACUCCUUCGUCAGCAUGUUCGUCUUACUCACCACUGCUAAUUUCCCAGAUGUCAUGAUGCCUUCAUACGCGAAGUCCAAGUGGUACGCGGUCUUCUUCAUCCUGUACAUCAUCACAGUCCUCUACGUACUCAUGAACUUGAUGUUGGCGGUGGUGUACGAGACGUUCACCCGCAUCGAGCGCGAGAAGUGUCGCGCGCUGCUGCUCCACCGGCGGCGCGCGGCGCGCCACGCCUUCAGACUGCUCGUGUCGCGCCGCGCGCCGCACGCCGUGCGUCUGAGGCACUUCGCGGGGCUCAUGCGCCACUACGCACCGCAUUACAGUGGUCUGGACGUGUACCUAAUGUUCAAGCAACUGAACCAGUCAUCAUCAGGCGGUCUGUCCCGCAGUGAGUUCUCCAACCUGUACGAGGUGUUUGCUCUGCGCUGGGCGGGCCAACAGUCGCGGGCGCCGUGGUACUCGCAGUCUCCACUAGAACCGCUCGGCAGGGCUGCGGCGGCCGCUGUACGGUGGCCUUACUUCGAGUAUCUCAUCUAUGCCCUGAUAGUGGGUAACGGUCUGGCGAUGGUGCUCCGUGUCUGCGAGGCGGCCGGGGACCUGCAGGACAGUGCGCGACUACUCUGUGCGUCAUGGGAUACCUGGCUCUUCCUUACUUUAUUCCUCCUAGAAGCAGCUCUGCGUAUGAUGGCAUCAGGUCUGGCGGUGUACCUGGAGAGUGGAUGGAACGUGUUCGACCUGAGCGUCACGCUACUGGCUCUCAUGGGGGCCGUGCUGCUCAGCAUUGCGCCCAAACUAUUUAUUGUUGUUAUAUUUAGACCUUUGAGAUUAAUGCGUCUCUACAAAUUGAAGAAGCGUUACCGCGAUGUGUUCGGUACCUUGGUCCUCCUGUCUCCCCUUAUGUCUUCAGCUGGGUGUGUGAUGCUGGUCAUGUAUUACUUCUUCGCUAUCAUCGGCAUGGAACUGUUCGCUGGCUACGAUCUUAGGAAUUGCUGCGUCAACACUACAGUAGAGGACUUCUACAAGUACUCCCUAAACAGUUCGACGGCACUCGGCUACUACUACCUGAACAACUUCGAGAACAUUGUCACCAGCGGAGUCACACUCUUCGAGCUGACAGUAGUCAACAACUGGUUCAUACUCAUGAACGCAUACGCCACCGUCGCUGGACAGUUCAGCAGGAUCUACUUCAUGGUGUUCUACCUGUUCACGAUGGUGGUGCUGACGAUAGUGGUGGCCAGUGUGUUGGAGGCAUUCCGGUUCCGGAUACAGUACAAACGAAGCACUACUAAGAGAGACGAGGAGAAACUUCUUCACGAAGAAGUGCACACGAGUUGGGAGGAGGCUCAGAGGUUAGGGGCCAGUGGUGACCUUGCUGAUGAGCUGAGGCCAAACCUACCACCGGGGGUGGAGGUAACAUUCAUCGGAUCUCGACCUCGUACGAAGGAGGUGCUGCAGAGGAGAAUGUACCAGACUGAUAUACAGAAGUGGCUGGCGGAGGAAGAUGAGAAUGAAGGUGUCCCACCCUCAACGACAAUAACAUCAAGCGAGGAUCCCCUGGCCCCGCCUCUCAUCCACCAGCCAGAUAGUGAGAACAACCACCAGAUGAGAACAGGUUACCAAUUGUAGAACAUAAUUCACUUAGCGCUGUACCACAGGCUAAUGUUCUUCUGGGACGCAAUCAAGAGCUUAUGAUGGACUCUCUGAAGAUGGGCCCUCAGCUGGCUACAAGCUUGACCAUGGGUACAGGACGCUGGCUAAACAAAAUUGCCAGAUAAAAAAAAACUUUCGUUUGGUUAGAAAAGGAAUUGACAGUUGACAGCUUUCCAGGAUUUGACGUUUAACUUGACGCAGUGAUUUGUUUGUGAACGUAUUCGAACUAUUCCAUAGAUAAUAGUUUUUACUUUUAAUCGAGCAAAGGAAUUUUGUACAGUUUACUUACAGCAGAACAAAUGGAAUACCAAAGAUUCCAUUUUUUAUUAUUAAGUGUGUAAUUGUGUGUACUCCAAAAUGUUGUUUAAGAGUUUAUGUAGAGAUUCUGUGUAGAUUGCGUACCUUUCGUAGUUAGAUGCCCUUACCCGCCAGCUACUAAUACUCUGCCAGUUAGGACAUUAAUCGAGUAGAGUGAAUGUAUACUAAAAUAAUAAUUAUAAUAUAUUCUGAGAGUUAGUUUAACAACUGUGAUAGAGUUUUAUGAAAUUAAAAGAGGGUGUAUUUGACUGUACAGGCAGUUGUAUAGAAAGACUAGAUAAAUUCAUUAAUCAUGUAAGUAGUCUAGACAGAGACAUGAAGCUUUUUGAAAAUCGUAGAAAUGGCAGCUUUAAUAUUUGCCUCUCACUCUUAUGUAUUGCUGUGAGUGAGAGGCAGAUAGUGGACACAGAUUAUAAUGAAUUAUAGAUAAUAAAUAGGAAUUCGACUGUUGAUAAGCUGAUCUAAACAAGCUGUAUUUUUUUUAUAUACAAUCAAUUAGAAAAUUAGUACAACAAAGCAUAAUUUUGUAAAGUAGGUACAUAAUGGGUUUAGUUUAUUACUGUAAUAAGAAUAAUUGAUCUUCUAUAAUAAGAUUAAUUCACAUUAAUUUUGGUUUUGUUAUCUAACAGUUCAAUUUUAUAAACAUAAAAAACAUGAUGAUAUUAUUAAAUGAAUCGCCUUCGUAGGUUAGGUAAAAUUAAAUUAAAAGUAUUCAAAUGAUCAACUCGUAAAAAUUAGGAAAUGUAGAUGUUUCGAUAUGAAAAAUAAUAUUGCAGAAAAUUCUCGAAUAAAUGUUAAAAUAAUUGGCAAAAAAAUACUGUUAUUGAAUGAUUUACGAAAUAACACUUGUCGUUGUUAAAUAAUUCUUAGCAUGGAGCGUAGUGGUAAGAAGAGCAAUCUUUUGAAGAAUCAAACUAACCCAUAAAUCCCCAUAAAUAAUUUCAUCAUAAUGUGCUAAAUAGGUUGUUUUAUGUUAUACGAAUUAAUUGACAAAUUAGGCGUAGGUAAUGCAAAAUUGAUCUUAGCAAAGGUUUCUUACAGAUUUUUACACAAAGAUCGUUCUUCUUAUCUCUAUACUCCAUGGUUCCUUGUCUACGAUCAACAAAGUACCCACUUGCCAAAGAGGUUUGACGCCAUAUUGUUUAGUGUUGCCAUUUUGUAACAGAUUUACAACAGGAGGACAGAUUCGUCUUAUCCUGAUUCAAGAUAAUUCUUCCAAUAUUGUGUAAAUAGGUUUAAAUUUAUAAUUUAAACAAGAUUUAAAGUUACAGAUUUAUGAUACAUUUUGUUGUCAAUCUAACAUUUUAUUCAUUUAGAUAUUUUGUUUGCCAACAUAGUUUGGAGUUGUACAUAAAAUAGUAGAUAAAUAGUCAUUAUAUUGUGAUAACUACUUUAAAUAUGGACCAUUGUAUCGAAUUAUUUACACGCUUUAUUUAUUUAAUUUUAACUUUUAACCAAAUAUUUUGUGAUUUCCCUUUAUUUUGGCUGCUCAGUAUUAAUUUUUGAUGUGAAUUGAAUAUCUGUUUACUUAUAAACAUGUUAAUUUUUAUUCUAAUUUAUUAUUUUUAGUAAAUAAAAAACGUUUAAACCCGUUUUUGUUGAAUAUUAAAUCGAUUUUGUAUUUCUAAGUACCUAAAUAACAAUUUUAAUGAGAGUGUGCAUUGAAUGUGUAUUUAUAGAGAUCUAGCAGUCUACAAUAAACCUAUUUAGAAACAAUAGUAAUUAAUGGCCAUUAAAUAAUAAAAAAGUCUUAUUCAAACAGUAGCUAAAACCGAAUUUGCGAUUUUAAUAAAUGUUUUCAAAUAAAUAAAUGACUUAAUAGACUUGCAUCUAAAAUAAAUUAAAAAUUAACUUAAAAGUCUUAUAUCGUCUUCGCCUUAGUAAAUAAAUAAACCUGUAAAUACUAUGCAAAUGUUACCUGUUACAUAAUAAUGUAAGUUUAGAUCAACAUUGUAAUAAUAAUUGUUCUUGAAAAAAGUUACAUUUGAAUUUUCUUAAACUAGACUCUUAGACUAGAAUCUAGAACCAAUUUCCGUGCAAGUUAAUUUGACCCUCUCUUUUGAGUUUGCAGAAAAGUCGGUAUUUUUCAUAGAGGAACUUUUUUGCAACUUGUACCUUUCUUUCACAUUUGACAGACAGAGGUCGUUUACUUUCUGAGCUCCUAUUGUAGCUUAUGGUCCGGUUUGUCUAAUGAGAAUAAGCCAGUAUCGAACCAUUCACCACGGGCCCCAUCCGCGGCUAAUGCCGACACGGAGCCGAGAAGAGCGUAAAAGGUUACUGGGACUCCGGCUCGACGUGCAAGAAAGAGUAGGGGCGUGGUUUUAGUUAGUCAGAUCUCUCCCGUCUCACCCAGGCGAGGCGGAAGACGACGAGACGUUUUCCCCCUUGAAACAAAUAUCGAGCCCUUGGAGAUUGAAAUUUUGGCAGCUAUAGUAAUUGGAUACAGAACAUUUUUUCCCGCCUUGCGUAAUGCGAGAGGGUCAGUCAAUUACUGACUUGAGACUAAAUAUCAUACUGUUCCUACUCCUGCUUCUAGCCGGAGCCCCGGUAACCUGGUAGAUAGACAAACAGGCCUCGCGUUAUAUUUGAGCCAUCUGGUAGGCAAGACGCUCUUAUUGAGACGCAAUUUUUUAUGGUAUGAAUAAGUGACAGAAGUAUGAUAUUAAUGGUGCUUACGCUUGUAUGUCCUAUUUCGGAGGUAGAUAUUUGAUAAAAUAGCAUAAUAAUUAGAUAUAGGAGUUAACCCCCGAAAAUACAUGAUUAUUAAUAAAUAAAAGCUAUUUAUUUUGUGAACUUCCUAAUUUCUAAACAUUUUAAAAAUUAAGAGAAAAUCUUAUUCGUUGAUUGUUUAACUACAACAGUAAAAUUACGCAGUUAUAUUUUUCUUUUUUAUAUUGUUGCAAAAAGGGCACAAUACAUAAUUAUACAGUCUUGUUUUUAUCCAGGUAUACUAAAAAGCCUUGAUGAUAACUAACUACGGUGGCUUAGUCAGAUAUAUUUUCAACUUUAUUUUAAUGACAUAAGGUUUAAAAUCUACUAAACAAACGACUAAUGCCGGAAUACUGAAACGUUACUCAAUUUUAAGUCGUGCUUAAAUAUCGUGCCAUCUCUGUCUUUUUACAGA